CAAUCAGGAGCCGGAGGACUGAAGCAGCGUCACCGUGUCACAGCUGCUCCCACAGUUUAAGAGCAGAGAGUCGCUCGUGUCUGCUUCACUUUUUCUCCUGUUGAAAGCAACAAGCAGAAACAUGGCAAGAACCAAGCAAACCGCCCGUAAAUCUACCGGAGGUAAAGCUCCCAGGAAGCAGCUGGCCACCAAGGCUGCGCGUAAGAGCGCGCCUGCCACCGGCGGCGUGAAGAAGCCUCACCGUUACAGGCCCGGUACUGUGGCUCUCCGAGAGAUCCGUCGCUACCAGAAAUCCACGGAGCUGCUGAUCCGCAAGCUGCCCUUCCAGCGCCUGGUGAGAGAGAUCGCUCAGGACUUCAAGACCGACCUGCGCUUCCAGAGCUCCGCGGUCAUGGCUCUGCAGGAGUCGAGCGAGGCUUACCUGGUCGGCCUGUUCGAGGACACCAACCUGUGCGCCAUCCACGCCAAGAGAGUCACCAUCAUGCCCAAGGACAUCCAGCUGGCCCGCCGCAUCCGUGGAGAGAGAGCUUAAACUCUGUGCUGAUGCUGCUCCACUAACCUCCACCACAACGGCUCUUUUAAGAGCCACCUCACUCUCAACUCUAGACAACAGAUCUCUGCUG